AUGGCCGUCUGGCUCAGCUGCCCUGGGCCUCAGUUUCCCCAGUCCUCUGACUCAACGGGGACACCGCCCACAAAGAAGCCCGCUGGUGCACCCCCACAGCUGGGGUGGCAGACGGAGGCCACCAGAGAUGAGGACGGUGCUCCGAGGCCCUCGGGUGCCCGCCUGCGACAGGCGGGGCCGAACCCGUGGCGGGAGCUGGCCGGUGAGCACUCAGGAGCCACUCUGAUCGGCCCAUCAUCUACUUACACUGUGCCGCCUCCUGGCACACGGCGGUGCCUGUCGGAUCACGGGGACACGGUGGCAGCGGCUGCCCCGCUGAGUGGCAGGGCCACCGGGGGGCAAGGGCGGGAGCUGGCAGCCCGCGGCUCUACAGGGACCGGGUGUCCUUGCCCACACCAGAGCUUCCAAGUGGCCAGGACGCAGCUCCCUGGGGCUGGUGGAGCUGGCGGGGGCACCUCGGCCACGGUGCAGCCCCUCAUGCCUCACCCAGCCCCUCUCGUGCCCAGGACGGCUCCCAGGACGGGUGCAGGGGGCCAGGAUCCAGCCCAUCAGCCCUCUGCCCCCGUUUGGUGCGCGGCCAACGGGCUGCGGCUGGCCGCCUGGGGACGCUGCUGUCUGGCCCCUGUCCGUCUCCUCAUCAGGAAGCAAGAGCCUGUCCCUGGAGGCACGCAGGCCAGCACGUGUCAGGAUGUGGCCUGCACGGCUGUGGGGUCCUGUCCGCUGUGUGACUCCCAGAGCAGUCCCCAGCAUUCGGGCAAUUUCCAGUGUCCACCCCUGAUUAAUGGCUGCGUGGGGGCCGUUUCCUCCGGCUCCAGCUGGAUAAACAGACCCGGCCCUGAUAGGCCCGAGGAAGGGCGGGAGGAGCCGCGCGUCCCCAUCACCCUCGCGUGGCCCAAGACUGGUCGCGGGGCUGGACGGGACCCUCCAGCCUCGGCCUCCAGCCGGGAGCCGCGGCAGCCUGAGUCCCCAUCAGGGCCCAGCGUGGGGGCCAGCCCCGCUCCUUGGACCAACAGCCGGAAGUCUGGUGCAAAAGCGCGUUCCCGCAAAGUGCCGCCGAUCUCCACGUGCCCCACACCUGAAGACGGCAUCUCUUCCAGAGCCUGGGGUGGCCGAGAGCCCGAGGACCCUAGGGGCUCAGAGGCUCUGCCCCGGGUCCUGCUCCUGCUCCUGGUCCUGGUCCACCCCGCACGGCUCUCCCGGCUCUCCCCCAGACGCCCCAGCAACGGCCUGCAGCCUCCCCUCCGCCAAGCCCGCCCUCCCGGCCUCGGGCUGAGCUCGGCCGGCCAGCCGGCUCUGGGACAGGCACUGGGAUGA